UCGUUUAGGCGGUCCGAUCGAUAAAUAAUUCGCGACACGCGUGGAAUCGCAAGCACGUGGCGGAAUCGCCGGCACGUGACUGACAAUGUUAAAUCGAUAUCUUCGCGGCGACUGCGCGAAUUGUUUACCACUAGAAACGCGUUCGCACGUUUCUUUUUGCGACAAUUGCAAUUUUUUUUUCUCCUCCAAUUUCGAUUGAUUUCCGCGCCCGAAUUACGUCACGAAUAGAAACAUGGUGAAAAUCACUUUCGAAUUAAUACGAAAACGCUCGGAGCACAACGACGGCGAGAUAUCGACGUUGGAGGAGAUAGCCUUGCAUCAAGAGAACAUCGAUAAAAUCGAGGUGAUAGACAGGCACUGCAGGCAUCUCAAGAUCCUCCUGUUGCAGAAUAAUCUCAUAUCCAAGAUAGAGAAUCUCAAUAUGCUGAAGAGGCUGGAGUACUUGAACUUAGCCCUCAACAACAUUGAGGUUAUUGAGAACCUGGAGGGUUUGGAAAGCCUGAAGAAAUUAGAUCUCACCGUCAAUUUUAUCGGAGAUCUACAGAGUGUAAAGACGCUCAGGUGCAACGAGAAUCUGGAGCAGUUGAUUCUCAUGGGAAAUCCCUGCACCGAUUACGAGUACUACAGGGAGUACGUCGUGGCGACUCUGCCGCAACUGCGAGAGCUCGAUAUGCGAGAGAUCGAGAGGUCGGAGCGCAUAACGGCGUUGCAGAUUUGCGCGAGAGCGCGGGACGACGUUGCGGAGGGUUUUCGACGCUACGAGAGGACCAGAGCGGCUGAGCGGAGUCGUCGCGUCGCCGCUCUUGAAACGGAUCGGACUACCAUCGUGGAAGAGGAACGUGAUACGAGGCGGGAUGACGAAUCGGAAAACGAAAGUUUCUGGAAACAGUCGAGUUAUCACACGCCGGAAGAUAGGAUCGCUAUCGCCGAGAGGUCCAUUAGGACGCAGGAGAGGAAAAAUCGCUCGCUCAAUGAGAACGAUUGUCCGAAGCGCGCGAUAAAGCUGUUCGCUCCGGAUGGAAGACCUUACAACAUAAAUCAGGCGAAAGUGCCGUUCAGACUGAACGACGAAGACGAUCCCGACAACGUCGUUCUCGACGUUUCUGUUUACAGGCACUUGGACACUUCUUACAUCGACGUCGACGUGAACCCGACUUACGUGCGAGUUACCAUAAAAGGAAAGAUUCUGCAGUUAACGCUGCCCUGCGAGGUGUCGGUCGAGAGGAGCAACGUACGACGGAACACGACGACGGGACACCUGGUGAUCGGUAUGGCGCGUCUGACUCCGUGCACGGCGAUCGUAAGAAAGAACGAAUCAACGACGAGAGAAAAGAAACGAUCCAAAACGACGAAGGUCGUUACGAUUCAACCACCUGUGACUUCGAGACGGGCUCUCCUGGAGAUCGGCCCGCCUACCGAUAUCCACGACUUUCUGAAGGUGACGAAAGAUUCUGCUAAACAAAUUCCAAACAAGUCAGCGAAGAAAGAAGAAGACGAAGAAGACAAUUACGAGGACAAUCCGGAUGUGCCGCCGCUCGAAUGAACGAAAACAGAGUAACCGAGACUAAUGUAUAAAACAUCACGUGCGCGCGACAUGACAAUCCCCUGAAAACAAAAACAAAAAAAAAACAAGAAAAACCCCCCACUUCUUAUUCGCGUCCC